AUGGCUUGUUACUACAUCGUCAUCAGCUCCACGCACCUCAGCAAUGGCCACUUUCGGAACAUCAAAGGAGUUUUCCGAGGCCCGCUCUGCAAGAACGGAAACAAGAACUUGGAUUAUGCAGAGAAGGAGAGGACAAUGGCCAAAGCCCUUGAAGACUUGAAGGCCAACUUCUACUGCAAGCUGUGUGACAAACAAUAUUACAAACAUCAGGAGUUUGACAACCAUAUCAACUCAUAUGAUCAUGCCCACACGCAGAGGCUAAAAGAGCUGAAGCAGAGGGAGUUUGCCCGGAACGUGGCUUCAAAAUUGAGGAAGGAUGAGAGGAAACAGGAGAGAGCCCUCAGACGUCUGCAUGAACUGGCAGAGCAGCGCAGAGAAGUGCAAUGCGCCCCUGGCAGCGGCCCCAAGUUUAGGUCGACCACAGUGGCGGUGGAGGGCAGCUCUAGAGAGGCCGGCUGUGAGGAGAAUGCAGAGGGAUCACAGCCUGCCACAGCGCUGGACACAGGGGCCCAAAAUGGCGCCUCCAACACCAGCAGCAGCAGGCAGGUCCAGUGGCCCUACACUGGCAAGGCCAAAAAACAGAUGCACCGGCAAAAAAUCGCCUUUUCCAUCUCCCUCCCAAAGAAGGCAUCCAUCCGCCUGGAGUCGUCGGCUGCAGUGUUUUGUGAGAAUACAGAAGAGGGGUUGGCAGAUCGGAGCUCCAGGCAAAGGCUCCAAGCAGCUGCUGCCGAGCUCAAUCUCCUAUCUACUCCUGCUGUUGAAAAAGCGCUGAAUUACAGGGAGACGAUUUACGGUGCCGACACACAGGAAGACCUGGUCAGCCAGGAAAAUGUCUGUACACAGACACACACAACUUCUGAGGUGUCAAAUCAAGCCAGCCCAGAAGUAACUUCUGAUUUGUGUGCUUUACUUGUUUACUCGGCAGAUGUAUCCAGCCCUUGCAUCUCCCCAUCCACUUUUCCCUUUCACUUAAACGAUGCAGGCAUUGUGCUGCAUAUGGAAGACUCACAGGAAUCUUUAAAAUGUGAAGAGACAGAAAAGAAAUGCGAAACUGUUCAGGAAGUUGGUAGCGAGCCAAGAGCGCACGGAACAGGAGCCAUGGAACCAAGACACCCCCUCAGUGAUCCCCCAUCCUCAAACGAGACCACAGCAGCCACGCCUUCCUGUGUGAGGAAUGAAGUGGACAUGGGUUCCGGGGCACCACUUCCUUUCACAAAGCCCAGCCAGCCUUUCUGUUCGGUGCUGAGCAAAGACGGGAGCACCGUGCUGCAGUGGCCAUCUGAGAUGUUGUCCUUCACCAGGGUGGUGCCAUCCUUGUCCUUCAGCUGUAACCCCCUCCACUUUGACUUCCGGGCAUCCAGGAACCGAACUGAACAAGGGACCGGGGGGGCCAGAACGAGUGAGACAAACAAUUUGACUCUGUCACAGAAGCCUGAUGAUGGCACAGAAUCCGGUGGCCCAGAAACCCCAUUACACUUUGAUAAGCACAUCGAGCAGCCGGCACAUGACUCAGAAAACAGCCCUGGUCGGACAGACUCCUAUUUGCCAGGCUCUUCAGGGCAUCAGGAUCUGAGUGCAUCCAUGGGAGGGAGGGAUGACCAUUUUGAAAAUGAUAGGGCGGGCUGUCUGAGACAGCUGAAAAGGUAUGGAAAGCAAAAACAAAAAUGUUUUAGGAAGCCAUCAAAAAAGUGGACUCACUCCUGCAAAAGAGCCCCAGACAAAUCAUGGGACAGAAACAGCAGGCGAGAAUACAGGAGCCACAAAAGGAGGAGACGGAGGAGGAGGGAGAUGUGCAAGGGUGCUGGCAGGUAUGACAGCGAAACAGAAAAAUCCACAAAUUUCCACAAACAGCCUGAGUGCUGGGAUGGAUUUGAUAGCCAAUUUUGCAGCAACACUUUACAACAAGUGCAGCCAUUAGAUGAGUCAAAGCAAUCACCUCAAAAUCAAGAAGAGAACAGCAGCGAUGCUAGCAAAGUAGACACAACAGGAAGCGGGAGGUGGAAAGCUGCAGGCGGCAUAAAUGGCACAGCAGGCAGCCAACCUCCUUCAAGUGGCAACCACAGCAAUGGUGGAGUGCCACAGGGACACAACAAAAUAAAUGUGCAAGAUGCAUCAGUGAGGCAAGCGGAUUUCAUAGAAAGCUGCAUCCCCUUGCCUCAGACGGAGAAACACAGCACAAUGGAGGCGCAAUCCCCGUGCUGUAGUCAGACUUUACACCAAGACUGCCCUCUGAAGAGGAAACGUGCAUCUCUGAGUGACGAGGGAGAGGAGGCCCGUCAGCCUCCAGUCGCAUGUCACUCAUCAGCAGGCAGAUCUGAUGGGCUAGAGUUAUUGGACGUGUCUGAGAGUGAUUCUAGGAUCUGCUGCAGGUUAGAAAGGAUAAGGAAAAGACAGAGAGUUUCGUUGGCCAACCCAAGCCUAGUUACUGACCGAAGGGCUGUUGAGGAUGAAAGAGCCAUGCUCACAGUGGCUGCAGAAAGUAUAACUGUAAGUUCAGCCAUUCAACACCCUGCUCUUCAGAAGACUCUGACUAAUGUGCUAGAAAAAGAAAUGAAUGAAAGGCCAAAAAGCCCAGACAAAGUAUUUUGUGUUGAUGGGGGUCAUGACAGCUGUUUGUUUGACUCCUUGACACAGGGUCUCCAAAUAGAGAAGUGUACUGGGAGGACUGGUGGCCCCUCUAGUGCUCAGAACAGGGCUGGAUGUCCCAGACCAAGUCAUCAUGAAUCUACACUCACCAGAGACCUCAGAACAAUAGAGAACAUGAGCAUGAGGAGUGAAUCUCAUCUUGAAUCUAAGGCUGAAAUUAGCAACACACAGGACCAUAAUCCGCCUUCCACCAAGGCCAAUGGUUUCCAACAGGAGGUGAAGGUAGCUAUGCAGCAAAAUUCAGAAAGCAUGAGCCUUGGCAAAUCAUUUCAGCACAACUCUCAGAGCCAGCCUCUAAAAAGGCACCUAGGCCUUGCAGGUCAGGAGGUGAAAUUGAGUCGCGAGGGCCUCAGGUUUGAAAAUGCGAGUGGAGCAUUCCUCUCAAGUCAACAAGGUUUCCAGCAUCCCUCAGACACAAUGGAGAAACACCGCCUCCUUCAGGCCCAGGCUCAGAGGCGAGCGCUAAGACCACAGGCUCGAUUUCAUGGCAAGCUGAAACCAGUCCUGUCUGGUCCGCCCAUCCAGGUCCCCUCUCCAAUUCUGCACCCCGUGCACCUACCCCCGCCCAUGUCCUCCACCUCCAUCACCAUCCGCCACACCAUUCUCCAGCACCACGCCACCCUCCUGCAGCCUCAACCCCACCUUUUCUCCCAGGUCUUCCCCAUUACCCCUCCAUCCCUGGCAGCAGAGAUGUGCCCCCCAGUACGCCCUGCCUUCAUGCCCCCACCUGAGCUCUCUGUUGUGGCCCCAACUGGCCUGCACCCUGUGGCCAUGACGUUCCAUGCCCUGCCCCGACCAGGGGUUUUCUCCCCCAUACUAUCCCCACAUCCAGCCCUCUUCCCACUCCAGCCUCUGUUCUGAGUUCAUGACAUAUCCUAAAUUAGUCUGUAUCAGCGUCCAUUAUGUCCAUUAUGUCCAUUAUGAUCAUGCUCAUUUUGUACACUGAAACCACGAUAAUAGCACGACAUUUGUACUUUGGAAUUAUUGUCUAGAAAUGAACCACAUAGCCAAUUAAAUCCAUUUGUGAUUAAUCUUUGCCCAACAGAUCAUAGAACUUUUGUGUUCUUUGUUUCUUUGUUUUUAUUUAUUUACAUUGAGAAGACAAUCAUGCAUGAAUGUAGACCAUAGAAAUACAUCUAAUAUUGAUAGAUAUGAAUACAUCUGACAGUACACAUACCAAAUGAAUUAAUGCCAAUGCUAUAGCAGUCUUGAGGACACUGCAUUACUGCAAUGUUUUUUUUGUACAACACCACUGCAAGUACAAAGUGUAACGUAACAAUAAAUGUAAUAUAUCAUCAAUAUUUUUAUUUUUAUAGGAGAUCAAAUGUUUUAUGCCUUUGAACAUGAAAAACGUGCAUCUCUGAGUAACGAGGGAGAGGAGGCCCGUCAGCCUCCAGUUGCAAGUUGGUUAUCAGCAGGCGGAUCUGACGGGCUAGAGUUAUUUGCUAAGGUGGACGUGUCUGACAGUGAUUCUAGGAUCUGCUACAGGUUAGAAAGGAAAAGAAAAAUACAGAGAGCUCCAUUGGCAAACCCUAGCCCAGUUACUGACCGAAGACCUGCAAAGGAUGAGAGAGGCAUGCUCACAGUGGCUGCAGAAAGUAUAACUGUAAGUUCAGCCAUUCAACACCCUGCUCUUCAGAAGACUCUGACUAAUGUGCUAGGAAAAUAAAUUAAUGAAAGGCCAAAAAUCCCAGACAAAGUAUUACUUACCCUGUGGCCAUGAUGUUCCAUGCCCUGGCCCGACCAGAGGUAUUCCCCCCCAUACUAUCCUCACAUCCAGCCCUCUUCCCACUCCAGCCUCUGUUCUGAGUUCAUGCCAUAUCCUAAAUGAGUCUGUGUCAGUGUCCAUUAUGUACAACACCAUAGCAAGUACUAGUGCAACAUGAUAUUUAAUGUAUCAUCAAUAUUAUUUUUAUUUUCAUAGGCGAUCAAAUGUUGUAUGCCUUUGAACAUGAAAUGACACUUAUUCAUGUUCUUUCAAUGUGCUUUGUCAAGGUUUGCCUGUUAGACUAUAAAAGCACUUGACCACUGAAACUCAUGAGAAUCCAGGUAACAGACCAGAAGAGGUUACUCCAGGUCCACCUAGAGUGCUCAGCAGUGGGACAUAGUGGACUUCACAGGCACUGGGGCUGUCCAGGGAUUCAUGGCUUACUACUACAUAACCACCCCUCAGCUACUCAUUUGGUUGUGAGAAGUUAUUGUGGUUAUUCUGUCAUUUCUGUAGGGUGUAAAAUAGUCUCUGGCUUGUGGGCAAAGGUAUAUUGGAGAAAUUAAAUUCACAGAAUUCAGCUCCAGUCUUCUCUGUAUAUGUGCUGGAGGCACAGUGAUGACAGAGUAAUGUAGAAGAAGAAAAAAUUACAACGAUUUUACAAAAAAGGGCAAAGGGAAGGGAAACCUUAGCAUUUAUUGUUUUUUUCUGAUAGUAUUGUAUGUCAAACAUUUCAAUAUAAGACUGAAGCCAGCAACAAAUUAUACUGUAGGGAUAAUUGCCAUUGUUAUAGAGGAGAAACAAGUGGCCAAGUGUCUUUUAUUAUCUGUGAACCUGGUAACAAGUGCCAGCCUCGUAAUGGAUCCAUGACCUUCUACUUGAUACAGAGGAUUGUUUGAAUGCACAAUGAUAAUGACUUCUUCUGCAACAAACUCAACCUACUGAAAUAAGAAAACCUGUACAUGUUGUACAUUAGACAUAUUUAUAAUCCACUUGUAAUAUUUAUUGUAAAAUAAUUUCAUGUUUCUAUUGUGUAAGGUACCCAGUAUGUAUUAAAUAUUUAGAUAAAAUAAAACAACUAUGUUUUUUACCCCAGUUUGCCAACAGACUAAUAAUAAAGUAAAAAAUAAAAAAAAAUCAAUAAUAAAUUAAAAUUUAAAA